UGAGCGCCGUGGCGGUUCGUCUUCGGCCGCAGGUUCCGGAGGCGGGCCAGGCCCGGCCGGGUGGUUGGGGAGUGUGACGGGUAGCCUGGCAGCCGCGGAGAGAGAGAAGAUUAUAAAUACCACAGGCACUUAAAUGACGGUUAGCCGUUGAAUUCUGACAGUUCCUUAAAUACUUUCUUUCAUCAGCAUCUUCGCUGGAAAGAGUUCAGGAAAAGUAGCAGAGUGAAAGAAACAUUUACAUGUACCAUGGCUAUACCAAUAACAGUACUUGACUGUGAUCUCUUGCUAUAUGGCCGAGGUCACCGGACAUUGGACCGCUUUAAGCUGGAUGAUGUGACGGAUGAAUACUUGAUGUCCAUGUAUGGGUUUCCACGACAGUUCAUUUAUUACUUGGUGGAGCUCUUGGGGGCGAGCCUUUCUAGACCUACUCAGAGAUCCAGGGCUAUUAGCCCAGAGACACAGAUCCUUGCAGCCCUGGGCUUCUAUACCUCGGGUUCCUUCCAGACUCGGAUGGGAGACGCUAUUGGAAUCAGUCAGGCGUCCAUGAGUCGAUGUGUUGCCAACGUCACCGAAGCGCUUGUGGAAAGAGCUUCGCAGUUCAUCCACUUUCCAGCUGAUGAAGCCUCUGUGCAGGCUCUGAAGGAUGAAUUCUAUGGGUUGGCAGGGAUACCAGGGGUCAUAGGGGUAGUUGACUGUAUGCAUGUAGCAAUCAAAGCACCAAAUGCUGAAGACCUUUCCUAUGUGAACCGUAAAGGUCUUCAUUCUUUAAAUUGCCUGAUGGUGUGUGACAUCAGAGGGGCACUGAUGACUGUGGAGACAAGCUGGCCAGGAAGCCUCCAAGACUGUGUUGUGCUACAGCAGUCUUCUCUCAGCAGUCAGUUUGAAGCUGGGAUGCACAAAGAGAGCUGGCUUCUUGGUGACAGUUCCUUCUUUCUCCGCACCUGGCUCAUGACCCCACUUCACAUUCCUGAAACUCCAGCUGAAUAUCGCUAUAACAUGGCCCAUUCCGCAACUCACAGUGUGAUUGAGAAGACCUUCCGAACGCUCUGCUCCCGAUUCCGCUGCCUGGAUGGAUCCAAGGGGGCACUGCAGUACUCCCCAGAGAAGUCCAGCCACAUCAUCCUGGCCUGCUGCGUCCUCCACAACAUCUCCCUGGAGCAUGGGAUGGAUGUGUGGUCCUUUCCAGUGACCGGCCCGGUGGAACAGCCCCCCGAGGAGGAGUAUGAGCACAUGGAGUCGUUGGACCUGGAGGCUGAUCGCAUCCGUCAAGAGCUGAUGCUCACUCACUUCAGCUAAUGUGAAAGGUGGGGAGGAGGGAGGCUUUCCAGGAGCUGUGACAAACUUCCCCUCUCAGUAUCCCCUCCACGGUCCCAUCGUCUAGCAUGACUGAGUGUGUGGACACCUGUCACAAACUGACGUAUAAUCUGCGUGUUUUAGAAGGGUUGGGUCAACACCAGAAUAUCUUGAUUCAUUUGCAAAUUUAUUAACUAAACAGAAACCCCCAAGACCAACAGUUCCCUGCUAUGCACUGAACACCAGGUUAGCACCGUUCACUCAUUUGAAAGUUCCUUGGUCGUAGACAUUUAUAUCAUGCUUACAGAAUCAAUGAGGAAAACAGAAUCAAUGAGGAAAACAGCAUCUAGCCAGACAGAAUGCUUUUGUUUGUUGCAGUUAUCUAGAGAUUUCAAAAGAAAGCGAUAUUUGUCCUGAAUUAUUUGGAUCGUAUUUUAGCUUUUCUAAUUUCCUACCUAUGUAGACAUAAUAUGAAGCAAGUGUGAAGAGUGAUUUUCAGCUGGGGAAUGGUCUUCUGACGUAAGUAAAUGGCUUCUAAUCUGA